GUGUAAACACAUAAAUAUAAAUUGAUGACCCUCACCAAUACUCACAUUUGACUCAUUAUCAAACUGGUCUCUCUACUGCAAUGAUACUGUGAAUAAUUUAAUGAUACUCCUAAGUGAUACUGAGAAGUUGUAUUGUUUGAUUCCUUCUUAUAAUUUGAUAGAACAUAAAUACAACUAAUUGAAUCAGUGUGAUAAGCCUGAUGCCUUCGCCAUUUUCUUUUGCGGCAGUAGCGUAGCUCUUUGACCAGUAAAACUGUGCUUGCAUUAUAGCCUACGUCAUGUAUGAAUGCCAUAAGAUUUAAAUUUUUUUUUUUUUAUCACUUCCAGGAAGUCGUUUAAUAACACUAUAACACAAUCCUCCUGGAUGUAUAUUGCAACAAUGCAAAAUGUUUGCCAUGGACCAAAACAUCUCUGCCCACUGUUUAGGCUACACCAAGUGUUGAGAGGACGUGAUUUGUUUUAAAUAUUUAUAGUUUAUCCUAUCUGUGAGCCCCCGGCCCAUAUCAUCCCAUAUCAGAACUAUUUUUGGAUAGUUUUGGAGGUAUAGCUUAUCCUAAUUAAGCACAUGGGUUUCGACAUUGUUACAGUGCCAGCAGUGUAAUUAUCCGAAUAAUAAAGGGAGAAGGAACCGUGCAACACAAUGUGAACACAGUGUGUCGCUCCUCCCCUCCACUGCUGGUACCGCAUGCUUACAUUCUGGACAAAUUUUUUGCACGACGCUUGCAGCUGUUCCACCCACAAACGGGAGUCCCCUCGACUGUAACAGCACUGUCUGCGACUAGGCAUAGUGGAAAUCGCACCUGUGUCAAAUACCAAAUACGACGAAAGGAAACCUAACGUUAAACCCUGGCAAUAUAUUAGGAGGAAUGUGGAUUAAGCUACAGGCGCGAGUGAGUGUGAUUACCUCCCGACAACAUGACAUCGGAGAUAAACUUUACUGCACUUCUCAACGUGUCUGAAAUCAAUAACAACUCUAGAGGAUGUUCCCUCACGAAGACCGGGUUUCAAUUUUAUUAUUUGCCCACAGUUUACAUCAUAGUUUUCCUCACAGGCUUGAUAGGAAAUAGCCUGGCAAUAUGGAUGUUCGUCUGCCACAUGAGACCAUGGAGCAGCAUCUCGGUGUACAUGUUCAAUCUGGCACUGGCGGAUUUCUGUUACGUGCUUUCUCUUCCCUUCUUAAUUUUCUAUUACUUCAAUAAGACUGACUGGAUUUUUGGCGACGUGCUGUGCCGGCUACAGCGCUAUAUAUUUCACGUGAAUCUUUAUGGGAGCAUUCUGUUUCUUACCUGCAUCAGCGUGCACAGGUACACAGGAGUGGUCCACCCUCUCAAAUCGUUGGGGAGGCUGAAGAAAAAGAACGCUAUACGCACAAGCGCAUUGAUCUGGUUCGUAGUUACUGUAGGAAUUUCGCCCAUUCUGUACUACUCACGCACAGGUCCAAAGAGGAACUCAACAACAUGUUAUGACACAACUACACAGGACGAGCUUCAGGGCUAUUUCAUUUACAGUAUGUGCAUGACGGUUUUUGGCUUUUGCAUUCCUUUUAUCAUCAUCUUUGGCUGCUAUGGAUUAAUUGUGAAGGCCCUGAUAUGCAAUGACAUGAACAAUGCACCAUUAAGGAGGAAAUCAAUCUACCUGGUAAUCAUUGUCCUGACAGUGUUCGCUGUUUCCUAUCUGCCCUUUCAUGUGAUGAAGAAUCUGAACAUGCGGGCCAGGCUUUACUUCCAGAGCCCUGAAAUGUGUGAUUUCAAUAACAAGGUAUAUGCCACUUAUCAGGUCACCAGAGGUCUAGCCAGCCUCAACAGCUGUGUGGACCCCGUCCUUUACUUCUUGGCUGGGGACACAUUUAGGCGGAAGCUCUCCCGAGCCACCAAAAAGACUUCUAGGAAGGGGGAGAACACCCUCCAGUCCAAGAGUGAGGAGACUGCACUCCACAGCCUGCCAGAGUCUGGAGAAAAUGGACAACAGCGGCGCUGACUUUGCUCCUCUGAGUUGAAAAUUGAGUGGACUAAACUUGUACAUUUGUCAAGCUGCCCAUUUAAUGAACCCAUGUGUGUUGAUGUUUUGAUAGCAUGAUUUCAGCCUUAUGUCGCUGUGACCAAGUCAUAGUACUGCAUCAUCUUAGCCAGUAUUAACUAGGCUGCUCUUUUCUUGUGAGCUUCAUGGAUGGUUAACAAACUAAAUGUUUGUUCAUAAUCAAAAGUAUAGAGAACAUUGAAGACCGUUGAACUGUCUGUUACUGAAUGAGCAUGUAUUACAGCUGGGGUGUAGCCCCCAGGAUAAACAUAAAUAAAUGUUAAUUAUAAUUCAUAAUUCAUUUAUGUAAGUGAAACAAACUAGAGUGAGACGUUUGAGAAUGCCAUUUUAAGCACUAACUCACAUUUCCUUUAUUAAACCUGAGAUGCUCAAACUGAGUGUAUGUAGGAACUGCAAAGCACUAUGAAUAUUUUAAUAUUUUUGAUUGUCAGCGCCACAUGUUAGAGGUCAGUAUAUUUCUAUUGAACAAUGUGUUUGUCCCACACACAUCAACUAGUCUUUUUUUCUGUGUAGUGUGAACCUCUGAUAAAGCCAUUAUCACAUGCACUGUAA